CACUUUACCCUGGUUCAGUUCUCUCAUUCACUCUCGGCGUUUUUCUCUCUGUAGACGAUCCAGAGGACACAGCUGACUAUGCAGUGGCUCUUUCGGACUCUGAGCGUUUACCUGGCUCUCUCUCUGAGCCUGGCUGUUCCCUCACUUGAUGAUCGCAUGAUGGCUGAUCACCAUGGCGAUCACAGAGUCAGCAGCCAUCACUUUGCUAAGAUGGAUCGCUGUGAGGGCAUCGAGUUUGAUGCUAUUGCUCCGGAUGAACAUGGAGUCACAUUCUUCUUCAAGGGUGACCACAUGUGGACAGGUUUCCAUGGUGAUGCGACUCUGCUGAACAGCUUGUAUAAGGAGCUGGAUGAACACCAUCACCUGGGUCACGUGGACGCAGCCUUCCGCAUGCAUCACCCAGCUGACCCCUCAGACCACGACCACAUCUUCUUCUUCCUGGAUGAUAAAGUGUUCAGCUACUAUCAGCACAAGCUGGAGGCGGGCUAUCCCAAACCUAUCUCGGAGGUCUUCCCAGGGAUCCCCAGUCACUUAGAUGCCGCAGUUGAGUGCCCCAAAGGGGAGUGUGUGGCUGAUUCCGUACUCUUCUUCAAGGGCAGUGAGAUCUUCCACUUUGACACUAGGACCAAGAAUGUAAAGAUGAGGCCAUGGACUCACUUGCCAAACUGCACGUCCGCACUCCGCUGGCUGGAGCAUUACUACUGUUUCCAUGGUCACAACUUCACCCGCUUCCACCCGGUCACUGGCUCUGUGGUGGGCAGCUAUCCCAAAGACGCUCGCAACUACUUCAUGCGCUGCCCCAAAUUCGGCCAUGGCAGUGACGACACAGAGAGGGAACGCUGCAGUCAUGUGCACCUGGAUGCCAUCACCUCUGAUGAUCUUGGCAGAUCCUACGCCUUCAGAGGUAACUUCUAUUUGCGUUUGAGUGACAGACAGGAGGAGGGCUGGCAUGCUUUCCCCAUUAGCAACACCUGGAAGGAGAUAGGAGGGGAUGUAGAUGCUGUCUUCUCGUAUGACAGCAAUCUUUACAUCAUCAAAGGUGAGCAGGUGUACAUCUAUAAAUCUGGGGCAGGCUAUACACUGAUUGAAGGCUAUCCCAAAUCUCUGAAGGACGAACUUGGUAUUGAGGGGCCUGUGGACGCAGCCUUUGUGUGUGGAGACUACGAAAUACUACAUGUAAUCAAAGGUCAGAGCAUGUACGAAAUCGACCUUAAUGCCACGCCACGCGGGGUGCGGAAGGAGGCUCCCCUGUUCUUCCCUAAGGUGGAUGCUGCGAGCUGCGGACCGGACGGCGUCAAAGUGUUCGUGGGGCCGAAGUACUUCCAUUACGAGUCGCCCAUGCUCUUCUCCGCCAGCCGAAUCCAACCGCAUCCCCACAAAAUCUCCCUGGAACUACUGGGCUGUGACCACUAGGGGGAGUAGGAUGGGACAGAGAUGUAGAGAGGCCAAACGAGAGAGACACACAGAUAAAGAGAGAGAGAGUGAAAGAAUGGGAAAGCGAUGGGGGAAUGAGUGGAAUAAAGGGUUGUUGGGCUUACCAUGACCGUGUCUUCUUCGUUUGCCACUGCUCAAAUAUCUUUAAAAAAAAAAGUUUUUGAGAGUUUGACACAUAGGACUCAAACCCACAUGAAACUGCCGUGUGACUACUGCCGUGUGUCUGAUGUUCACAUCAAGCUCCUUCUGAGCACAGCCAAUAGAGCAAUCCACAGUCCUCUUCAAAGGUUAAAAUAUGGCCUUUAGAGAUUCUAGAAACAUCUUUAAUCUCUGAAACAGGUAUGCGAAGGACCCUGCUGAGAUCAGAGUGAAUCGUGUGUCAGGACCUCAGCCAUGUAAGAGCCUUAAUAAAACUCAACCAUACUUACA